GUCAACCAAAAAUUUUAAUUGUUAGAAAUAAACAUAAACAUGAAGCACAAAAGUAUGGUUAUAAUUAAGAAAGAAAAUAAUAAAUGAAUACUUAAUGGGCAAAAUCAUAUCACAUAUGAAAAAAGUAAUGCAUGCAUUGUUCAUCAAGGUUAUUUGCUCUAUUAUAUAUAUUAACAUUAAAAGUGAAAUGUUGUCACCACUUGUUUAAAACGAAACGUUGCGUAGUUUUGUGGAUUAUUGUGAAGGAACACGCAGCGAGCAAGUAAAUAUGUCAAAACUGUUGUUUGCUGUUUCAUUCCUCUUGUCUUUGUCAAUAACAACUGUUUCGGCAUGCACCUGCGAACCGAGAACCUGGAUAGAACAAUUUUGCAACGACCCAUUAGCUGGGAUAUUUUACAUUAAAGACGAUGGUAUUGUCACUUGGAACUGGAGAGUGUAUGACGUCGACUUUUUAGUCCAAUUCAGACCUUUUGAUAUCCCAAAGGACCCAGACUUCAGUAAAUUAUAUACACCAACAGAAAGUGCUGCGUGUGGAGUUUUGCUGAAGAAGAAUAAGUAUUAUGUUAUUACAGGAUCCUUCAGCAUAGAUAGCGGAAAAUGCCCUCUGAUGACGACAAACUUGUGCACUUUACAGAAGCAAAUUGCGCAUCCAGAUGCGUUCACACCUCCCGACUGUUCCUCAAUUUACUAAAUCGCUUAAAUUCUUUCACAUUAUUGUUAACAAAAGAAAAAUAAUAAUGCUAUAAAUUUG